ACCGCCCAAAUACACAAGCCCUUAACCGCUGCCUUUUUUUCCUCUCUUCCCUUCCAUUCCAGAAAUCAAACCAGAAAAACAGAAAAAAACACCAACACUUCGAGAAAAUUCUCUCUUCUUCAUGCACUAAUUUCAAUUUCUUUUCCAUUGAUUUUCUUUUCUUCUGCCCCACUGAUGCGCAAUAAUGGAGCCAAAGAAAACGUUUACCAUGGACUGGGACGCCCUCGGCGACUACGACGAUGACGAGGACCGCUUCUUCGAGACCUAUGAUCGCCUCUCCUCUGCCGUUCCCCUCGACUUGGCCUCCUCUGGCUCUGACGAUGAGAAUGAAUUUGAAGACACCCGUUUGUCAUUUGCCUCGGCCAUUUCCUCCGUUUCCACUACCGAAUUCCGAAACUAUGCCGUCGCUGCUGCAGCUGUAAUAUCACCUGACUAUGAUAUCUGGAUGGCAGCGCCUGGAUCAAUUAAAGAACGCCGCAAGCGUCUCCUUCAAGGCAUGGGCUUAGCAGCCGAUAAAGAGCUGCUUAGGAUCUCUAGUAAAGACUUGACGCGUGCUGUUUCUACGAAGAUUGUAAAUGGUCAUGCUCCCCCUGAUAUUAACAGCGAUCCUGGCGGAGACACGAAGCAAGAGCCUUCACCUUCACCGUUACCAGUCGUGCUGGUCCGUUCCAGGUCUGGCAGUGACAUAGCCUCUUUUUCGGUAGACAAAACAAGAAAAGAAGAAUUAGUUGGCAAUAUCCCCAAGCAAAACCUGACCAGAACAUCGUCAAUGAUAAUUGUCUCACAGGCUCGAAUAUAUCCCUGCCAAGAUUCGGUUAAAGUUUCACCCAAGGAUGCAGGAAAGGUUCGCUCACCUGGGCAAAACGGUGGCUUAACGCCGAUAUUAUCUGAUAAUCGGUUUGGUGCUUUCUUCCUGAUAAAGAAUUUGGAUACAGGCAAAGAGUUCAUUGUUAACGAGUACGAUCAGGAUGGGAUGUGGAAUAGGGUAAGCGAUCUGCAAACAGGGAAACAAUUAACGAUGGAAGAAUUCGAAAAGAGUGUUGGGCAUUCGCCGGUUGUUAAGGAGUUAAUGAAGAGAGAAAAUGUUUCCAGGAUGAACGGCGACGAUAGAAAAAUCACUGCCAAUUCUUAUCUAUCCAAGAGUUUGAGAUUGAGCAAGAAAAGGGGUGCAGCAUUCUUGAAGAAUAUAAAAGGUGUGGCUCAUUCUAUGUCUAUGACUGGAUUGAGAGGUGCUGAUAAAGAGAGGGACAAUAAUUCACCAACAGAAGAAUCAAAACCAGGAGGCAAGAAUUCCUCAUCUUCUGGUUGGAUAAAGGUUAAGCAGACAGGGAAAUCUUACAAGGAGUUGAGUGCUUUGCAUUUGUGCCAAGCGAUUCAUGCUCAUCAGGGCUCGAUAUGGACCAUGAAGUUCAGUCCUGAUACGCGAUUUCUUGCUAGUGGGGGUGAAGAUAGGACUAUUCAAAUAUGGGAAGUUCAAGAGUGUGAAAUUAUGUCGCUGAAUGAAGGGUGUUUGACCCCUCUUCAGUCCUUUUCAACACCAGGUCUAGGAGAGGUCACACCAAUGCCUUCUGUAAAGAAGAAGAAGAAGGGCUCCUCCAACAAGAAAGGCAGUCCCAUUCCGGAAUAUGUCCAUGUAUCGGAAACUGUGUUUUCGCUGUCAGAGAAACCGGUCUGCUCUUUCACCGGUCAUCUUGAUGAUGUCUUGGACUUGUCCUGGUCCAGAUCACAGCUAUUACUUUCAUCUUCAAUGGACAAAACUGUGAGGUUGUGGGACAUGGAAACCAAGAGCUGCCUAAAGAUGUUUGCUCAUAAUGAUUAUGUAACUUGCGUACACUUCAAUCCGAUGGAUGACAACUAUUUUAUAAGCGGUUCACUAGAUAACAAAGUUCGUAUCUGGAGCAUACCUGAUCGGCAGCUUGUGGAUUGGACUGAUCUUCACGAAAUGGUCACGGCUGUCUGCUACACACCUGAUGGCCAGGGUGCAUUUACUGGUUCACAUACAGGGAGUUGCCGUAUGUACAAUGUUGAAGAUAGCAAACUCAGUCAAGCAGAGCAAAUUGACUUGCAAAACAAGAAGCGUCCAAGAAAGAUCACUGGUUUCCAGUUUUCCCCAGGCAAUCCAUCUGAAGUUCUUGUUGCUUCUGCUGAUUCUCGAAUUCGAAUCUUGGAUGGUUCAGAACUGGUUCAUAAAUUCAGAGGUUUUAGAAAUCUCAACAGCCAGAUUGCUGCAUCAUUCAGUACAGAUGGAAAAUAUAUAAUAUGUGCGAGCGAAGAUUCUCACGUGUAUGUUUGGAAGAGAGACGAGCGAGCAGGGAUUGGAAAAGGCAAAAGUAUGAUCAAUACCCGAUCUCAUGAAAACUUUCAGUGCAGAGAUGUAUCAAUAGCUAUCCCAUGGCCUGGUACAGUGAAAGGCGAUCCUCCACCUGUGCAGGUGCAUUCCAAGAGGCACUCAAAGCGUUCCUCCAACUCACAAACGCCUUCAUCCUUUGGUUCGCCUACAAAAGAUGAUGCAUCUGUAAGCAGUAAGAGAGAUUUUCCAUCUUCCGUAGAUUCACCCACUGGAGAAGAUAAUUUUGCAGCUACAAAUAGUAAGAGACAAUUGCCACCUCUGCCAAAGAAAAAUAAUAACAACAACAAUGUAGAUAGAGCUCCAUCCAUGGAAGAACACUCGUAUGCGAUUUCCCGCUCGGAUUCUGGGCUCGGUGACUCAUUCAGUUCUAGCGUUUCUUCCUCCAUAAGGUAUGGUGAUUCACCUUCCAUUUCAGCUACUCCUUCUCCAUCUUCUUCUCGGUCUUCUUCUUGGUCAUGGGUUGAUGGAAGCCAUGGCAACCAAACUGUGCGGGCAACAGCAUGGGGGAUGGUGAUUGUGACAGCAACAUUGGGAGGUGAAAUCAGAGCGUAUCAAAAUUUUGGAUUACCACGUAGGAUUGGUCGCCAAUCCAACUUGUUUUGAGAAUGUGUGUAUGGGUUGUUUUUGUAGGAAAAUUUUUAAAUGCACCGGGUGGUAUAAGCAAGCAAUCAGAAAUUAAAAAAAUAAUCAUGUUUUGUAGAGAAACAUCAUGUUUUAUGAGGAGAUCAUCAUAUUUUGUACUAGGUUUCAUCAUUAUGUUAAUAAUGUACUGGUUAUUCAUUGAA